AUGUCCAACAACCAACGCCAGGUCGUCAUUGUCACCGGUUGCUCGAAAGGCGGUAUCGGGUUCGCUCUCUGCGAGGAGUACGCGCGUCGCGACUGCAAGGUGUAUGCUACCGCUCGCAGACUCGAAGCCAUAGAGGGCUUCAGCGAGCCAGGGAUAGAAAAGCUCGCGCUCGACGUGACGAGCGACGAGAACGUCCAAAGCGUGGUCAAGACGAUUAUAGAUAAGGAAGGCCGUAUCGACAUGGUUGUCAACAACGCAGGGGUCAACUGUCCGGGCACUAUCAUCGAUGUCCCUUUGGACACUGUACAACGCACCUUCGACGCUAAUUUCCUUGCCGUUCUUCGGGUCUGCAAGGCCGUCUUCCCCCACAUGGCUGCGCGCAGGUCUGGUACCAUCGUGAACGUGGGUUCAAUUGUCGGCGAGGUUCCGACACCGUGGAACGGCAUCUACGCCGCGAGCAAGGCGGCCUUACACCAGAUUACACAUGUGCUCUGGAUGGAAUGCAAGCCGUUCGACAUCAACGUCGUGCUGCUCACGCCUGGCGCAGUGAAAUCAAACAUCGCGGACAAGGCUCUAACAUCUGGUCUAAAUAUGCCGGAUGACAGCUUAUACAAGUCAUACGAGCCGCAGAUCGUCAGCCGUAUCCUUACGAGUCAAGGACCGCAGUCGAUGCCUACUGACGAGUUCGCAAGGCGGACUGCAGACGCCACUCUGGCUGCUAAGCCUCCGCGCUCCAUCAUGAUUGGAGGUAAUACUACCGUAUGGAAGACAUUCGCAUGGUUUCCAAAAACUUGGGUCUUGAACCUUCUAUGGAAGUGGUUCCUGAAGGUCCGCAAGUAG